AUGAACUGGCCACCAUUAAGUCCAGAUCUUAAUCCUGUUGAAAAUUUAUGGGCAGAUAUGUCGAGAAUGAUUUAUAGAGACGGGAAACAAUUUAAUAAUAUUCAAGAUUUACAUUCUGCGAUAUUAGUAGCCUGGUCAAGUAUUACACCCGAAAAUCUGUUAAACUAUGUUAAUGGAAUGCAGAAGCGUAUAAUCGACGUUGUUAAAGAAAGAGGUGAUAAAAUCAAUAAAUAA